GCAAGCAAUAAAGGAGCAUUAUGUGCAUGUCAGCUUGUGCAGUCGACACGAGUCCUUGUAUCUGCUCCUGAAAUGUGCACUACCUUUCCAAAAGGUCAAGGAACUCUUCUAGGACAAACAAACUCUGGGGGACCGAUGGUGUGUAUAUAAAGAGGAAGGCUGAGAGCAACCUGCUGUUUUCCAGUCCCACAGAGAAGUAGCAAGAAGAAAGACAGCAGAAGAGGGGAAGUGCUAUAUGAAGAUGUCGAAGUUUGCUGCAGCCCUAUUUUUUGCUAUCUUAGCAACAUCUACAUGCAAAAAGUUUAGCUGCCUGGAAGGGGAUACUCACAAAGAGAAGCCGAGCCCGGAGCCCGACAUGCACGAAUGCACUCUGUACUCGAAAUCUUCCUGUUGCGAUGCAGAUUUCACAGUGCAACUGGACCAUUCGCCAGUCGUUAAAGUAAACAACAGCUACUGGAACAGAUGUGGGAGUCUCAGCAAAUCAUGUGAAGAUUAUACAAAGAAAAUCGAGUGCUUUUACCGAUGUUCCCCACAUGCUGCCCACUGGAUCAAUCCGAACUACACUGCUGCUAUUCAGUUUGUUCCCUUGUGCCAAAACUUCUGUGACGACUGGUAUGAAGCCUGCAAAGAGGACCUGACCUGUGUCCGCAACUGGUUGACAGACUGGGAAUGGGAUGAAAAUGGAGAGAACCAUUGUAAGAGUGACUGUAGCCCAUACAGCGAGGUGUUUGCAAAUGGUACUGAGCUCUGCCAAACCUUGUGGGGGCAUUCAUUCAAGGUGAGCGAAUCCUCCUGCCUGUGCUUGCAAAUGAACGAGAAGGAUGCCGUGGCAAUCAAGUACAUAUUGUCUGAAAGCUCGGAAGAGAGUUCCAGCAUCAGUAGUAGCGAAGAGCGCGCCUGCCAUAAAAAACUGCUAGACAGCGAGCACCUAAAUGGAGAGGAAUGGACAGACACAACGGUAAUUGAAAUUCUGUGACAGAAGAGAUCUGGCUUGGAUCCUCGCUCGAGAUCAACAGAAGGAUGACUCGGUUUGUCACAAUGUUCUGCUUGCACUUUCCAGCGCCAAUGUUAUUGCCAAAGUGAAAUCAAAGUCCAGACUAAUAUUAAAAGGAUAUUUCUCUGAUAAAAAUGGAUCCACUUCUA